CCUGUUAAGCCACACUUAUAUCAUUUAAUGGUGCGUGAGCAUUCCAAGAAUGGCUCACUGCAGUUGCUGUCAGAGAAUCUGGCCUACGUGAGGACGUUGUCACCUGAACAAAUCGGUUUCGGAGUCAACUACAAGUUCAUCACUCCAUCAGCGCAGAAGAUGGAUUCCAUCAAAAUUUGUAUGCGUAAAAUGCAACAUCAUUAUUCUCCUCUCAAAAAACUCGACAAUUUACUACGUGUCAUUUAUCUGGCUAUUGGUCCGUAUCCGUCAUCGGUCAAUUCCAAUUGCUCAACUCCGGAUGUCAAACAUGCAGAUAAUAUGUCGACUAUUAGCGAUGUUUCAAAAGUCAAGAAUUUACCACCAGCCGAUGGUAAGUAA